CCGUCGUACCCCUCGCGGCUGGCUGAGCAUGGCCGGUCGACGUUUCCAGUGAUUGCCCAGUGCUGUGGUCAUUCCCUUUGUUCUUCCUCCUUUGGAUGCCGUGCUCAAGACAUACCCAUCGGCCGUGCUCAGCCAUUGUGCUUCGCCGCUGCUCGACUGCUCCGGGCUCCCAGGGCGACCGCUGACCGGCCAGAUGUUCAGCUGACGUGCGUAGCCUGUGCGGAUCAUGGAGACUGUCGCGUAGGCCUAAACCUGGUGGGAUCGAUACGCUGCGAGCAUCGUGCGGUCAUGCUCUUUAUCUAGCUCUCAGCUGUGUGUAUCUGUAGGGAAAAAAAUAGUACACCAUGCAGCAAGCCCCCAAUGUGCCGGAGGCACCUCCGGCGGAGUGCAACAUCAAAGUCGUCUGCCGGUUCAGGCCGCUCAACGAUGCCGAAGAGCGUGCCGGCAGCAAGUUCAUCGUCAAGUUUCCUUCGGGCUCGGAGGAUUGUCUCUCGAUAGCGGGCAAGGUGUACGUGUACGACAAGGUGUUCAAGCCGAACGCCACGCAAGAGAAGGUCUACAGCGAGGCAGCCAAGGCCAUCGUCAAAGAUGUGCUCAUGGGGUACAACGGAACAAUAUUCGCCUACGGCCAGACGUCCAGCGGGAAGACGCACACAAUGGAGGGCGUCCUGGGAGAUUCCUACAGCCAAGGCAUCAUACCCCGGAUCAUUAAUGAUAUUUUUAAUCACAUUUAUUCAAUGGAUGAAAAUAUUGAGUUCCAUAUAAAGGUGUCUUACUUUGAAAUUUACCUUGACAAGAUUCGUGAUCUCCUUGAUGUAACGAAGACAAACUUGUCCGUGCAUGAGGACAAGAACAGAGUUCCAUUUGUCAAGGGUGCUACUGAGAGGUUUGUAACCAGUCCUGAAGAGGUGAUGGAAGUAAUUGACGAGGGCAAAGCAAAUCGACACAUUGCCGUAACAAAUAUGAACGAGCACAGUUCCAGAAGCCACAGUGUGUUCCUAAUCAAUGUCAAACAGGAGAACCUGGACGACCAGAAAAAGCUCAGUGGCAAGCUGUACCUAGUAGACCUUGCUGGCAGUGAAAAGGUCAGCAAAACUGGAGCUGAGGGAAUGGUUCUAGACGAGGCAAAGAACAUCAACAAAUCUUUGUCUGCACUGGGCAAUGUGAUUGCAGCACUUGCCGAUGGAAACAAAUCGCACAUCCCUUACCGAGACAGCAAGCUAACGAGAAUCCUGCAGGAAAGUCUUGGAGGCAACUCUCGGACAACGAUUAUCAUUUGCUGCUCGCCAGCAUCUUUUAAUGAGUGUGAAACCAAGUCUACACUAGAGUUUGGCAAGAGGGCCAAGACGAUCAAGAACACUGUGAUUGUCAACGAGGAGUUGACCGCUGAGGAGUGGAAACGGCGAUAUGACAAGGAGCGUGAAAAAGUUACCAAGCUCAAGGGCCAGCUGAGCCGAGCAGAGUUUGAGCUCAGUCGCUGGCGCAAUGGGGAAAAUGUACCAACGGACGAGCAGCUGAAGGACCUGGAGACCAGCACCAUGAGCUUGUCUGAGACAGCAUCGGCAACCAACCUCUCGGCCAGCACACUAUCAGUGGGAGGCACUACACCCACCACAGCUGCGGCCGCAGCAGCCAGCAAGGCAGACCCCCUGGUUGGGGAGGAGCGCACGCGCCUGUACGCCCAGUUGGACGAGAAGGAUGACGAGAUCGACCGCCAGAGCCAGCUCAUUGAAAAGCUCAAGGAGCAGAUAAUGGAGCAGGAGGAGCUGAUCACGACCACGCGGCGGGACUACAGCGGCCUUCAACAAGAGAUGCUGCGCAUCCAGCAAGAGAACGAGUCGGCCAAGGAGGAGGUGAAGGAGGUGCUUCAGGCCUUGGAGGAGCUGGCCGUCAACUACGACCAGAAGUCGCAGGAGGUAGACUCCAAGAACCGCGAGUGCGAGUCCCUUGGCGAAGAGCUCAACCAGAAGCUGUGCCAGCUCAACUCGGCCCAGAACGAGCUGCAGCAGAUGAAGGACCACUCGGUGCAUCAGAAGAAGCGCACCAACGAAAUGUUGACCUCACUGCUCAAGGACCUUGCCGAAAUUGGCAUCGUCCUGGGUGGGCCCGCUGGAGAAGCCAAGCCAGCCACGGAUGUUAACGGCAAGAUCGAAGAAGAGUUCACUGUGGCUCGGUUAUACAUUAGCAAGAUGAAGUCGGAGGUGAAGGCAUUGGCUCAGCGCUGCCACCAGCUGGAGUCAUUCCAGUCAGACUGCAACAAGAAGAUAGAGUCCAACGAGAAGGAUUUGGCCGAAUGCCGUCUCCUCAUUAGUCAGUAUGAAGCCAAGAUGAAGUCUCUACAGGAGUCGAUGAAGGACAUUGAGAACAAGAAGCGUGCCUUGGAGGAGUCGCUUGACGAGCUCAACGAGGAGUGCGCCAAACUCAAGGCAGCUGAGGAGAUGCACAUCAUGACCUCUCGGGAGAAAGAGAAGGAGAAGGACUCUGCCGAGAAGAUGAAGGAGGCGCUCGAGCAGCAGAUCGAGAAGCACCGCGACGCCCACCAAAAGCAGCUGAGCUCACUGCGUGACGAGAUUGCCGACAAGAUCGGCCACAUCGAUGCGCUGAAGGACGCCAACCAGAAAUUAUCGCUGGCGCAGGAGCGGCUGCAGCAGGAAUAUGACCGGCUCAAGCAGGAGGAGCAGGAGAAGAGCCACAAGUUACAGGAGCUGCAGUUCCUCAACGCACGUCGCGAGCAGGCGCGCCAGGACCUCAAGGGUCUCGAGGAGACAGUCUCCAAAGAGCUGCAGACGCUGCACAACUUGCGGAAGCUCUUCGUGCAGGACCUGCAGAGCCGGGUCAAGAAGGCCAACCAGGGUGAGGACGCUGACGACUCCGGCGGUGGCGGUUCCCUGGCCCAGAAGCAGAAGAUUGCCUUCCUCGAGAACAACUUGGACCAGCUCACCAAGGUCCACAAACAGUUGGUGCGUGACAACGCCGACUUGCGCUGUGAACUGCCUAAGCUGGAGAAGCGCUUGCGAGCAACCAUGGAGCGAGUCAAGGCUCUGGAGAGUGCUCUGAAAGAAGCGAAGGAAAGUGCCAUGCGCGACAGAAAGCGCUACCAGUAUGAGGUGGAUCGCAUCAAGGAGGCUGUCAGGCAGAAGAAUCUGGCCAGGAGGACGCACAUGGCGCAAAUAGCCAAGCCAAUUCGAGCCGGCCAGCCCCAUGUCCCUGUGGGUGCUGCAAUCCGAGGUGGCGGCAUGGUCUACCAGCCGCCAAAUGCAGCCGCGGAAAAGGCUUAGAUCAUGGAUACACGAAAACACACAGCCGCAAAGUGCACGCAACUGCAGCUGCCAGCACUCACGAGAGGCCGAGGAGAGAAGGAAGGCAAGAGGAGGAAGGAAGCAGUGAAGACCAACACUGGGCCUUGCUUGUUUGGUGUCUCGUGCUGCGGGGCACCACAUUCCUUCAGGGUUUACCCACACUUCCUCCCUCCAUUGUUCUCUCUUACGUUUUCUUUCUUUUCUGUUUUUGCGCCCCACCUUGCCCUUGGGUUUCGAUCCUUCCGGACCUCUGUUGUGGGUACAGUGUCUUUCCAAGCAGCAGCAGCAGCAGACAGCAGUUUGUAGUGCAGCCAAUGGCAUGCAGCUUCUUUCCAAAGAUGGCAGCAAUGAAAAUGAGAAGCCCUUUAGAGAAUCCAGCUGCUUUCUGAUCUGCACUUCCCUUUCUCUCUCUUUGUCAGACGCUCGCUCCCGUCUCCCUGUGAAACUGGUGAUAACUCAUGACCAUGCACCAAAAACGUUGCUCAGUGCAUAUGCCUAGUUUUGCCUUGAUGGCUGCUUCCAGGAGUUCUUUUUUUUUUAUGUGGUAGGGAUUGUUGUCAUAUGGUUUAAGCAUUGUGUUGAAGGUUCUUCAUGCACUUAGCUUCUGAAAGAUCUUUUUCGGUUGUUAAUUCCUGUCAUAGUUCACCUUCUUCUUAUAUAACGCAUGUUCAGAAAAUAGCAAAUAAAAAAAAGCAAACAAAAAAAAAAGAGAAAAGGUUGGGUGGGUGUGAAGACAGUGGUUUGUCUUUUAUGAAAAAAGGUACUUGCAUGACAUGGCCAAGUUCAUUGCGCAUCACUGUGCCCUGUUUUUUCUUCUCUCAUUGUCUUUUACUUGACUGUUCUUUUAUAUGGUGAUCAUUUGUGAAUGAAGUGACUGUGGCAGCAGUGAUCACAUACCUUUCAGCCUGUUGAAUAGUUGUAAUGUUCUUGUGUAUGGGGAAGAGGUCUUGGAUCUUUGGUUGGAAGUUACUCAUCUCUUGUACAGGGCGUGCUUCACAACCUGUUGCAUGCCAGUAGUCGCAGGCUACAUAGGCAGGUGCUAAACGAAAUUGACACAGGUGCGUUUCACUGAUAGGAUUGAACGUGUAUUGUCUGAAGAAGCAGCACUGUUUUGCAUUAUUUCCUUUAUGUACUUUGUUUACUGUUUGUCAUUUUCUCUCUUGCACAGAGAUGUGCUAUUGAACUGAAGAGUAGGUCUAGAAAAUGGUGACCACUGGGUUUGUCAUGCAUGAUGGGCGCCUGGGUUUGCUGGUAUUGAAAAGACAUCAAAGUGACUACGAAACCGUACCCAUGUGGCAUCUGGUCUGCUGCAAAACCUUUCGUCAUGCUUAAUUUUUAUCCUGUCAUAGCCGUGCUCUUGCACUCAUCUCGCUCUUAAUUAAGCCGUCCUGUACCGAGAGUGAAGACAUAGGUCCCGUUUUUUUUUUUUUUUUCUUUUGACUUUUCUAAGCUCACCCUUUUAGUGCCAGAGUUCUUUCCUCCCUCCGGCAUUUUUCUCCUGGGUUUUGAUUUUUUGUCGAGGGAGCGCCCACUGUUGCGGUACAGAGAAAAUCUGCACCCUGCAGAUGCUACCGAACAAGUGUGACGUCAACCUCGUUGAAGAGAUCAAACCUGCUCCUACGUGAAGCAGUCUCUCUCUCAUUUUCCGCCUACCCCCUCUCUCCAAUGCAGCCCCUGUUCCCGAAGCUUGUUCCUUUUCCCAACUGCUUGUACAUACAUUGCCAAAGGAAUGCUCACGCCAGAUGUCACAUAAGCUGUCUUUGUCUGUUGCUGGGUUCAUGGCCACUCUGUGUACCGAGGCCUUCCAAUGUAUUUGUCAAGCAUCCCAAUUACAUUAGCCAAUUUCCAACGAGACAUCUGUGGGAAGGUGCGAGUUCCCACCUUAAAAGUGUUUGCAAACCUCUCUCCAAGCAUCUGUCCAUGCUCCUGUGUUUAUUAGCGUAUUGUUUGUGUUGUUCCGGAGUGGUUGUUGGGCCCCCUCCCAAACCGACCAUCCCACAGUCCUUCCCCCAAAAUGGAACGAUGGCAAGAAGGGAAAUGGGAGAGUCUUGCGUAUAUAUUUUUGAAGCAGUGCUGCAGGUGACGUCCUUGAGGUUUGUUGUGCCUUUUUCACGACCAACACAAGCAGCGCACAACAGAGACACGUGCACUCGACACAUGUGGACAUACACAACAGCCACACACAGACAGUCAAACACAAAACUCCGACAUGAAAACAAAUCUGGGGUAUGAAUGCUGUUGUGAGGGAGAGAGCAUUGGUGUGAUAAGCGUUUUUGAAAGUCCCCUAGUGCUUUUUUUUUUUUUUUUUUCGCCACAGUAACUUUCUUUCCUUUGUAUGCAUCUUAUGUCGUCAUCUGGACCAAAAAAAAAAUGGUAGUCUUUUUUUUUUUUACCCAAUUAUUUACUCAAUGACAAUAAAGUAUGCUUUUCAGCCCUCUGUUUUGAUCAUUGUAAGGUUGGUAAGUGGUGUCAUUCGCUUUUUUUAUAUAUAUAUAUAUAUAUAUAUAUCGCCUGCUUUAUGGCUGCUGUGAGCUUGGCAAGGCAGGAGGGGGGUACAGUUGACUUUGAAACAGCUGCCAAUAGCAGCUUGCAAUAGUGAUGACCUCUACUGACAUCUUUCCCUUCCUAUUUUGUAGCAUGUAACAAUUAUUUAUAUAUAAAGUGUGUUUUGAGGCUAUUGUUACAGAGUUAAAUAGCUGUACUAUUUUUAUUGUUUCAAUGGAAUGCACUUACGGCUUUAAAAAAAUAGUGUAUUUGCAAUCGAAGCAGGCCUGGGUUCUCUGCUGCAAGGGGAACUGUGUAGGCUUGAAAAUGUUUUUUUUUUUUUUUUUUUCAUUUCUCAGAUGUACAUCCUCUGGGCUGAUUGUUGCUUUUCUUUUUUCUUCUCAACUUGUGUGAUUUUACGUUUACUUUUUGCCCCCAGAAAUAAGCACUCUAUGCGGUGCAUGUAAUAGGUGGUUUGUUGCCCCCUCUGGAAACCACAGUGUAGGCUCAUUGUCAGCAUCUUGUGCAGCAUCAUGGUGGGCUAGUGCAAUUAGUGCAUGCAAAACACACAUACACACACACACUGGGGCUUUUGUGGGGCGGUUUGCUUGUAAUGUUUCUUGCAGGCGGGGUUGCAUCCGCACCUAAACCACCUUUUAUCUCCUUUUUAUUGUGUUUUUGCAAUGUGUCCAUGGGAAGUCAAGCAUUAAAGUAAUUUAUGAAAAAAACAUGUACUGUACUGUAUGUGGCUUAAUAAAAGUUUUGUUUUCUGGUGGUAA